AUGGCAUCUGGAGAGUGCCUUCUGCUAGACCUAGAAACAGAUAACUUCAUUUUCUAUAACAUCUCUGUGAACCAGAGUGCAAACUUCUCCCUCCUGGGGGAAGACUGGUUCUACCCAGCGUUCCUCUACGCCAUCCCCACUAUCUAUGGGAUCAUCAUUCUGAUAGGCCUUAUUGGCAAUAUCACUUUGAUUAAGAUCUUCUGUACUGUGAAAUCCAUGAGAAAUGUCCCUAAUUUGUUCAUUUCCAGUUUGGCUCUGGGAGACCUGCUGCUUUUAGUGACUUGUGUGCCUGUGGAUGCCAGCAGGUACCUUGCUGACGAGUGGCUGUUUGGCAGAACUGGAUGCAAACUUAUUCCCUUCAUACAGCUCACCUCUGUAGGGGUGUCAGUCUUUACUCUCACUGCUCUCUCAGCUGACAGGUAUAAAGCUAUAGUAAGGCCAAUGGAGAUCCAAGCAUCACAUGCACUGAUGAAGAUUUGUGUGAGAGCUGCUAUAAUCUGGAUUGUAUCCAUGCUGCUUGCCAUCCCUGAAGCAGUAUUUUCAGAUCUGCACCCUUUCCAUGACAAAGGGACUAAUAAAACCUUUAUCAGCUGCGCUCCUUACCCUCAUUCAGAUGGGCUGCAUCCCAAAAUUCACUCAAUGGCAUCCUUUCUCAUAUUUUAUAUUAUUCCCCUAUCUGUAAUUUCAGUAUAUUAUUAUUUUAUUGCUAAGAAUCUGAUGCGGAGUGCUUACAACAUCCCCGUGGAAGGAAAUGUGCAUGUGAGAAAACAGAUUGAGUCCCGUAAGCGCCUGGCCAAGACCGUGCUGGUCUUCGUGUGCCUCUUCGCAUUCUGCUGGCUGCCCACCCACAUCAUCUACUUGUACCGCUCCUACCACUACUCCGAGGUGGACACCUCAGUGCUGCAUUUCAUUGCCAGCAUCUGUGCUCGGAUCCUGGCCUUCACUAACUCUUGUGUCAACCCCUUUGCUCUGUACUUGCUGAGCAAGAGCUUCCGGAAGCAGUUCAACAACCAGCUGCUGUGCUGCAGGGCUCGCCUGCUCAUCCGCUCGCACAGCAUGGCCAGGAGCACCACGCGCAUGACCUCCCUCAAGAGCACCAACCACUCCCUGGCCACCUUCAGCCUCAUCAAUGGCAACCACAUCUGCCACGAGGGCUGUGUCUAA